AUGAAGAGGCGAUUGCUCACCACUGUUCGGGAGGACCCUCAGCCUAGAACGUACUGCAGCGAUUUUGCUAUAUACACGAUGGUGACGACCACAGCAGUGCUCAGUUAUGUCAACGCUUUAAAUGGUGAUUUCGUACAUGAUGACAUACCAGCAAUUGUCACGAAUGGGGACGUUGUUGGAACGAAUUCGCUGAGGCAGCUGUUCCUGGACGACUACUGGGGGAUGCCGAUGGCUGAUGCAAACAGUCAUAAGUCCUACAGGCCGCUGACUACGCUGUCAUUUCGGUGA